AGCGCCUAUUAUUUAGCGCAUCGGGGUUUUGUUUUUUGGCGAUUUGAUUGGUCAAAAACAUUUGUUAAUUAUGAAUUAAUUGUAAACAAUAAUUCAACAACAGAGACUUAUUUCAAAAUGGCUAAGCGAUUUACAUCAAUUACCAAGCCGAAUAAAAAAUUAAAAUUGGACGUUAGUGUUGGUGCCGGUCACUUUUGCACAAACGCAUCGAAUAUUGCGGACUUGUGGGGAAGUGACGAUGACGAUUUCAUCUUGUUAGCUACGCAAAUAGAAGAGAAAAAUCCGCGCCCACCUGAUGAUGGCAGUCGACACAAAGAUGGGAAAUUGAGCUUUAGUCAAUUUGUACCUCAAGCCAAUGACAAUACAAGCACACAACAAUUUGGAGAGCCCAUGACUACAACUUCAAGCCAGUGUCCUAUGCCGACUUCAUCUUCAUACCAGCGUCCGAAUCGAGCACGGGAUGAUGAAAUGCUGAUGAGCAACAUUUUAUCUGAGCUUGUGGAAGAUCAAACGGAUCUCGUAGUGGAUGGCAUCGGGCAAUGGACAGAUUAUUCAACAGGACAAGCUACGGCAAAUAUGCGUCAACUGGCACAGGAACGUCAACUCAAGUUUUUGAUGGAACGCGUCGAUGUGCUGAAGAAGGAGAAUACCAAAUUACAGAAGGAUAUCAUUGAUCACAACAAUCAAACUCUGACAAAGGAAGGUGAGGUCAGCUUACUUCGAAAUGAGUUGCGGCAAGCGAGAAAGUUGCUUCAGGCGAGUAAAAUGGAUAGAAUUGUUAUGGCAGAAGAAGCCGAAAAAGACUGCAAUAAGAAAGUCGCCGAAGUAUUUAAACAAGUAAUUGCGAAAAACGCCGAACUGAACUUUACAAACGUUGAGUUUUCCGAGCAUAAAAUCCGAAGUGCAAUGAACACAACAUUCAGAGAAAGUCCCGUGUCCACAGUAACGGAUGCCGACGAAUGCCGGAAUAUGCUACGAUUAGAAAAUUUAUGUAUAACUAGCUCUUAUGCAAAUCGUAAUUCUUCAAAAACCGAUAAGCAUUUCUACGAGUACUCCAAAGAGACACGAUCGCAAAAGAAACAACGUAGUUUCUUUGAAGUGGAAUUGGAGCAACUGAUUUUCCAUUACGCACAACUGCAGUCUCGACCCAGCGUUGAUAAGGCGAUUAUGGAACGCCUAAUUAAGUCUGUAUGCGGAGUGUUUACAGAGUCUUGGUCCUAUGCCCAAAGUUUGGAGUUGCCGCAACACUGUAUGAUGUAUCCCUAUCAACCCUUUAAUCUGCUGGAUCACAGUAUCUCUAUGCGCCAAUCUCUAAUUCAGCCCGACGCCUUGUACAAACUUGAACAAGCUGUUCUAUUGCGGCGCUAUAUUGCCACUUUAGCGCUGAUUUGCCAAGGAGAAGGCAACAUAUCGCAAGCAUUGCUUGAAAAAACCCAUGGCAAUCACUCAAUACUGCAAAUACUCAUCGAGGCGAUAACCAAAUUAGGUUACUCAUUUGAAGUAUGCGAACAUUUUGGAGUCAUUGAAGCCACCGGGUCGUUGCUGCACAGUCUACUUAACCAUGUGAUGGCGGCAAAGGUCUCUAUAUGCGGAUCUCAGCAGGAUUUACUCUUUAAUUUGUUAAAGCAGUUGGUUUUCACUCGUCCUAGCCCAUGGGUCUUCCGAGAACUUAGUUCUUGUAUGCUAUUGUGCGCUCGUCAGGAUCAGCUGAUGGCGAGAAUGUGCAUUGCCAGUACAAAUAAUUGUUUCGUAUCAGAUCGCGUUCGAUCCCUUUACCGAUUUGGACCUGAUUCCUGUCUCAUACAGGUGUACGCAGGAUUACUUGAACUCUGCUUUUGGAAUGAUUUGCCCCUCGAACCUUGUCAUUUUAAGCUCUUACUUUCGAUUUGCGAAAAUCAUGUGCGCUUUGUUUACCAAUGCUUUACAUCUUUGCCUGCAUUUAUAAUGAAAAUACUUCCACUUCCGUCCAUUGUUGAUGAGGAAAACACCGACAAGGAGCCCUUAUUGUCAACAGUUGCCGGUUUACAGUCGCAUUUAUUACCGAAUCAUAGUACUACCGCAACUGUAAAUAACUCGGCAAAUAUAUCAGAAUUUACUCCGAUGGCCGCACCGGAUCAAGCGCCUCAGGAUCAUGCUUGCGAAUGCUAUGUAAAACUUUGCCUAAGCGUUGUUACGCUUGUUUUCCAAAUGAUGUAUCAGUGGAGUUUACAAGAAAAGAAAACACACAUCUUACAAGUUGGCGAAAUCUCUCAGAUUGCCGUACAAUUACUUAUACUUAUUUUCAGGGAGUAUUAUCUGCCAAGCCUUUUUCGUGAUUCAGAAGAAACUACAAAACAUAAUCUGUAUCUACUUUGCAAUUGGUGGCAGGAUCAUAAGCGGACAUUGAAUUUUGAAGAUACACACGUUAUUUUUUUAAAGCAACUGCAGGAGUUGCAGUUUAUGUUGAAGCCAUUGCAUCAAGAGGCAAAUCUUACCAACCCCGAUAAUGACUUAGCCGAGUGGACUCGUAUUGUUGAUAAUGCAGAUGUAAACAGUCAGAAAUAUGAUCCCCCAGAUGUCCAAUUUAAUUCUAAAUCGUUACUCACGUAUAAAAUAUGUGACUUUUUUAAUAGCCUGAAGACGACUGCUUACAAUUUUGAAUAAAUAACUAUAAGACUUGGAAAUCAAUAAA